CUUUGACUGAAUGUAUUGCACCCUUAGAAGAUUUAUUUAGAAGACUUGAUGAUGUGGGAAAUGAAUUUCGCUGUAAUAUUCGUGCUUAUAAUAACAUUUUUGCAUUUACUUCUAUGGGAGUGAGAAUAGAUAAAAAUCUUGCUAAUGCUAACCAUGGUUUAGAUCAACGGACUUAUAACGUUCCAACAGCUUCACAAGUUGCAGCAAUUUGGGUGGAAGGUUAUGAAUCUACAAAUCUAACUACUAAACAGUACUAUGCGUACAAAUUACAAAUAUAUCAGAAUUCUCCAUUAUUACUUCAUUUUGGAGGAUGA